UUGUGUUGUUGCUGCCGCAAAAGUAAAUGAACAAUCGAGCAAAUUUCACCGGAGUGCUCAAGGCAGACUGGCUUUUUCCGUUUUUUCGUGUGUUGUGUGUCCGUAAUUGUUAGUACAGUUUUCGUUGUGUACAGUGUUACCAAUUUAAGUUCCCCCCGAAGAUGUCAUCCGGAAGGCCGAUCAAAUGUGUCGUCGUGGGCGACGGCACGGUAGGCAAGACGUGCAUGCUGAUCAGCUACACGACCGACAGCUUUCCCGGCGAAUAUGUGCCCACGGUGUUCGACAAUUACUCCGCACCGAUGGUCGUGGACGGGGUGCAGGUAUCGCUAGGGCUGUGGGAUACGGCCGGUCAGGAAGAUUACGACCGGCUGAGGCCACUCUCCUACCCGCAAACCGACGUGUUUCUCAUAUGCUACAGCGUGGCAAGCCCGUCGUCGUUCGAAAACGUUACUUCCAAAUGGUACCCUGAGAUAAAACACCACUGUCCCGAUGCACCAAUUAUUCUAGUCGGCACCAAAAUCGAUCUGCGGGAGGACCGCGAAACAAUCAGCGUGCUGGCGGAGCAGGGCCUUUCCGCCCUGAAGCGCGAACAGGGACAAAAACUAGCGAAUAAGAUACGGGCGGUAAAGUACAUGGAAUGUUCGGCACUGACCCAGCGAGGCCUAAAGCAGGUAUUCGACGAGGCGGUACGGGCCGUGCUCAGACCGGAACCUUUGAAACGACGUCAACGAAAAUGUGUUGUGAUGUAGAGGUGUGUCCGUGUGUGUGAGUGACCCCUCUUCCCCCUGGUGGAUUGGCCACUCCUUGCGCUCGACUGGGCGGGGGGUGUGAUGGGGGGACAGGAGCGACCCAUGGCGAUACAUUUAGAGCAAAUAUUGUACAUAGGUUUAGGUACCGCUGUGGCAAACGAUAGGAGGAAACGAAACUGGACGAGCAAAAAACAGAAAACCAAGCAAAAAACAAAGAAGCAAUGGCGUAUGUACGGACACACGCGACGUAAUAGGGAGCGGAAAUGGCAGACAACAACAAAGGCAACAGAAUAAGUAAUACUUGUAGCAGAGAGUAAAAAGAUUCCACACACUAUCCCAGGCUUUGGAAGAAAACAACCACGCGGGGCGGAAUCGGAAUUGUGAAUUCCUUUUCCAUGAACAAAUUCAAGCGUCAUGUCAUGUGCCAUGCUGUGCAACUGCGUGUUACCGCUGAACAUAACUAACCGAGCGAUAACGGAUGUGUCAUGAAAUGGAGAGUCGACCAAAACAAAACAACAAAGAAGUGAAUUAAUGAAGAUGGUGAGGCACAAAAAAAAAUAAAAAAAAAGGAAUCCAAGACCAUCCCAUGCGAAAGGGCAAAGCAGAGCGAUAAGAGAUCGAGCGACUCGUUUGAAGCGUUGAGACAUCAUGCCCCACAAUACAAGGACAGCCAUAGGUCAAGAAACAGGAGCACAGCAGUUGGGCAGUUACAAGAAGAAGCAGUAAACUCUCCAAACAACCGAAAGCCGAAAAUACCUCACGUAAAAGUUUAGUUUUCGUCCUCAUUUCGCAAUUUAAUCGUACUCGAAUCGAUAAGGAAUCAAAACAACAACCCCCCGUGCGCAGUUGAGGAAGGGAAUGGGAGCGGAUACAAUAUGUCUGCGUGUUCAUUCGUUGUUGGGACGCGCAUUGGCAAUUUUCUUAUACCUCUAGCUACAUGUUUUGCACCAAAUGGCCAAUGGAUGCCGGUAGCUCUCAAACACACAGUUUAGGCAAGGACGAACUUUCGAGAGCGUGUUAGGGAAGCUAUCUUAUAGGUUUAAUAGGUUUUUGUUUGCCGUAUAAUUAGCAGAUCAGCUUUUUAACUACCCUAGCCCGCACCUUUUCUUGGCGCGAUACGACGAAUCAUUCGUAUCGCCACAAGAAAGGUGCAUCAGGCAGCAAUAGAAGGAAGGAAAGGCAAAAGAAAGAAGCCAACCGAUUAUCUCAUGAGUAAAUCUCAUUCCAUGACGCACCGAGACGAAACCAAUCCCGUCACAUGAUGUAGUAGUUUAUAUAGGAAUAUUAUUUUCAAUAAUUUAACCUGCCUCGAAAACGGAACGAAAAUGCUGUACGCGUGUAGUUGGCAUUUAACGAAGAAAAUGGAAAAAUGCGGUCAAAGUAGGUUUCGGAGAGCCAAAGUGUUUUUAUUACUACUUUUAACUUGUUUAGGGUAAGCGUCGUAUGAAUUCUGCAUUUCCUAGAGUUUGUUUUUUUUAUAUACAUCUAAUAUCAUCCUUUUGAAUCAUCAUGCAAUCAUACGGGAGAACGAACGGGAGGAACGGGAGUAGGAGAAGAAUUGGACAGUGCGUCAAUUUCCAGAAGUCAGGCCUCUCCGAAAAAUCCGGGAGAACAGAGGGCGCAGUAACGAGUACAAGGAAAGCUAAACCGGCGUAAAACAGUAGAAGAGCAUCGUUGUAGUUUCUAGUCGCGUAAAUGAUUUAACAAAACAUUUUGAAAACCAGUCAACCUUAGAAAAUCCGCUCUGGUGGUAAAGAUAGGAAGAGAGAAAGAGAGACCAAGGAAAAGAAGGGUAUCCCCUAGGCGCCAUCGUGUAGGAGUCAAUUAAAUGGAAAAUUGAAGAAUUUAUUCUUUACCUUUUUUUCCUUUUUAAUACGUUUUAUGUGCCCGUAAAAGAAUCUUGUGUAGUCAGAAUAUAUAGUACGAGUUUUGGUGGAUGCUUCCGGCGAGUUUUAGUUUGGACUUGUUUGCGCGAAUCGGGUUUCCGAAUGCAAAAUUGAACGUUCACUUUUGUACGCUGCCAUAGAAUGUGUUUCUUUAAUUUAGUUUUCAUGUUUGCAACUAAACAAUCCGUGCCCGUAUUAUUAUGUUUAACCACCAUCCCGUUUCCUUUCGGGUUUGUCAUCAUGUUCCGUGUAGUUUUUUUGCCCCCGUCAAAUAAAUUUCCGUUUUCGAAAAGAGGAGAGAGAGUGCGAGACAAACAAAGUUGUAAACGUAACAGUGAUGAAGAGAGUCUAGGAACGAAUGAAAGUAACAAAGAGUGUAGAAAAACAAAAAAACAAACAAACAAACAAACAAAAGAGUAAAACAGGUAACGGAGAUGAAAAGGGAGAAAGGGAGGGAGGGUAUGGUAAAAAAGAGGGCCCCCGAGACACGUUCUCACAAAACCGUUUCUGUUUUUCGAUAUUUAUUUUUCAUGCUUGAUUGUAGAAUUUAAAAAACCACAAAAAACGAAUCAUAACAACGGAGGAACGUACGAACGGAAACGUCGAACUGGCGAACAAACAAACAACCAAACAAACGAACAGAAAGUACUAACAUCUUGCAUUUGCUAUACAAUAAAAACUAAUCCUCGUGUUCUAGUUUCCUUUACUUCGGCUCG